AUGUCUGGUUUGGAUACCAUUCACGCCAAACGAAACUCCUAUAAGAAAGAGUGUGCGGGAGGUGUGGGCGCCUCCGGUGGCGGUAUCGGCAGGUCGUUGUCCACCAACACCCUCAAGGCUAUCAACACUAUCCGUACGAUACCUGCAAUUAAGUCCAAAUCGUUUAUAUCGUCGGCAACUCAUACGACAAACGCGAAUAUGAACGGCGCGACUGAGGCUAUGGGCGCUGGUAGUAGUGGCACUGUUAGCACUACCACCAGAUCCUGGCGCAGACUUUCAUGGCUGGACAGGAAGACCUGGUCCUUCCGCAGAGAAAAUGAAUGGAAAGGGAGUCUCGUAUGGUGUGGUCGGAAAAUGAAUGGAAAGGGAGUCUCGUAUGGUGUGGUCGGGUAUGAGGAGCUCAUCAUUGCUUAUGGCAAUAAACGUAAUACCCAUCAGAGUAUGGAGUGCUGGCCAGACAUCACCAUAAUCUUCACCAAAGAUGCCUACGAAUGGGAUGAAUACCUCACCGAAUGCUUCACACAAAUGAUUGAUAGUCAGCAGCCGUUGACUGUAGUGCACGAGCGCCUGGAGAACAUCCAUUUCCCGUUGAGCAGCGCCGAGACCCAGAGUUUCGCCAACUCCAGGGCAGUCCUACUCAUCAUAAGCCCCGAUCUAUUGGACUAUAUCGACGCUCACGCGGAUGUCUAUGAGCUGACCCGGCUGUUGAGCCCCCGGCGCACGGUUGUCAUGCUGUGUGGGGUACAACAGUCAGAUAUAUCGCAUUUUCAUAGGGCUGCCCUGGUACAUUUCGAUCAGUGGCAGUGCCUGGUGGCCAAGGAUCAGGACAAGGAGUUUGUGGUCAGCGUUAUUCAGGCGGUGCUCACGAUUAUACAGCAAUCGGAUGCCAAUAACUCGGCAAAUAAGCCGCAGUUUAAACUGAGUCCCAGAAAAGUCAAAGAGGGAAAUGGAAAGGUAUUCAUUCUGUUGGACAGUCCCAUCACUGAUAAGCAACAAAUCGAUAUACUGUUUGACGGCUGUAAUGAUAAUCAAGUGUCAGUGAAGUGGAAGAAUGCCUAUAAUCUCUACUUCACAAUACCGGAUAACAUGUUAAAAGUGGCGAAAGUGGUGAAUGUGUCCCUCGUAUGCGACACCAAGAACUUCAUGGGCACCCGUCCCCUCAAAUGCGAGACCAAGAUGUCGGAACUCCACUCACUGUUAACUUCGGUGAACUCGCCCUUUGAGUUCAUGUCCCAAACCCUGGGCUUCCCGACCCUCAGCCAAUUCGACGAAGAGCUGGCCAAACGGUUCGACCAGAGACUGCCCUACUUUGGACCCACACUUACCGCCAAUGACUCUGACAUUGAUGACGUCCACAAGAGUGAGUGCUAUUUGCCGACUCUAUUACACUUCGCGUCGGUCUAUGGUCUCCGGGAACUGACCUCAAAGCUACUGCACUGUCCGUUGGCUAUACGGGCCUGUCGUACGCGUAACUCAAACAACAUGACACCGGAGCAGAUGGCCCACCACCUCAACCACACCGAUAUCGCGGCACUGUUACGCGAUUUUGAACGCCUGUGCGAAACACACAAAUCAAAUAUUCUGUACGACAGCCACCGACCCAUUAAUGGCACGUCUGUGUCGGGCUGUGAACUGACGGAUCAGCUUCAGGCGAGCCUUAAGACGUUGAGGUACUCGACGUCGAGCACACUGUCCGCUCACCACCAUCUGUAUGGUCUGCGACUGUAUUCAGAUUUAUUGCAUAUAAAACAGAAUAGCAAUGAGUUGUACAGUAAUUGCAAGGAAUACGAGAAUAACGUUAAGACCAGUAGUAGUAGUAUUAGUGAUGAGGCGUUUGAUAUCACAGAUGGGAACAAACAUGAGAUGAAUAAUGAGAUCCAAUCCAAAGGGCACUCGUUAUCCAGUGAAUCGAUACCUGAUUUAAAUGAUAAUAAGACGGCAAACAAUGCGCUCCAGAAUUGGCAGCAAUUGUCUCGACUUAAUGAACAGAAUUUGAUUAAAAAGGUUAACAAUUCGGAUGCCGUGAAUGGGAACAAUUGCGGUGACAAUGAGGCGGCCAUCGAGAGCCCGUGCGAUCUGAAUGACAGCCAAAAGGAGUUGUUGGCGAUAAUGGAUGUCUUUAGGACUGGCAUAUCGUUCGUGGAGUUUGAGACCCUGUUUGACGACUGGCAGCAAAAGUAUUGCAAAGUUUUGAAGGCAAAUGUGUCGCCAGAAUUGGACGACUCGUUGACACAAAUCAGGAAUCUGUGCGAAAUCGGUCGCAAACGACAGGAUUUCGAGACGAAUAAGCAUUCACUGAAUUUCAAUGAUUUGCGAUAUUAUUUGAAUUCAAAACUUAAUAAUAAACUCAAUGACAGCAACUUAAAGUUGACGUUGGAUGUGGGUUCAAUAUCGAGCAAUCGUGAGAGCAGUAUAAGCACCGGGAGCUCUCAUGGAGAUGAUAGCACUGGUAGCCAUCGGAGCAAAACCUCUGGCAAACACAACAACAACAGCAUUAGUCGACUUAAU